AUGCCCUCCAGGUCAACAUUUUCGCCUGCCUUGAAGGGGGCAAAUAGUGUACAGCAGUAUUCCAGCCUAGAGAGAACAAGCGAUCUGAAGAGAAUCAUCAUAGGCUUGGCAUCCCUAGUUUUGAAGUGCAACCGGAGCUCAGAGUGUGAGUUUGUGCCGCGGCUGGAGAAAACUUACUACGACACACUGCAGAGUCGCCGCUUUAGCGGUCGCUACCUGGCCAUCUCCACCAGUGGCCGCAUCAAACGUGCACGUCGGGUCCAGGGCCACCUGGGCAAGGAGAACUUUUUUCUUUACCGAUUGACGCAGAUACAGGAGGCGCGCCGUAUUAUCGAAAGGUACCAGAAGCGACUUUUGGGGCAGCUGCCACAACGCUGCGAUGGCUACAAUGAGUACAACAUGACAACAGCAGGUAGUGAUAGCGAGAGAGGGCGUGGUGGUGUGGCAACCCUAGCACCUACAGUAGGGCCUACGGCAUACUCUACACCUACCACUACCACCACCACACCUACCACUACUUCCCAGCCCUUCAGAAGACCAUGUCGCAUUAUCAAGGGUAAAAAACGGUGUGAAACGUGUACAAUUGUUAAAGGAAAAAAGAAGUGCAGAAAAAGGCAAAAAAGGUGUAAGAAUAAAAAAUGUCGUGAAAGGAGAAAACAAAGGAAAGACAGGCAAAGACAGAAACAGAGGCAAGAACGAGGCAGCCGGGAAGUAAACACGACUGUUACAGUAAGCAUACAAGCGCCGCCUCACACACGUAAAGUUACUGGGACUGGGAAGACCCGGCCUAGGCAACAUCGCAAGCCAGCCCGACCAAGGCAACAACCAAGGUACACUGCUAUCACGGUGACACCUCAGGUCAGGCGCCCCCGCAAGCACCACCUUCCAACACAAAAACCCACACACACACGUGGCACCCCUAGGGUAUCAAGUGGACCCCCGUGGCCCACGCCCAGGACAACACAACGCACAGAGUGGCCCUUUCCCCCAGCGCCCUCGCCCGCCCGCCCGUACAGUGUCCGCCACGCCCAUGACACGAGACGGCGGCGGCCACGGGGGCACCUCAUUCCUCCCACCUCAACUGAUGUUUAGUGUAUAUACUUCAGCCAUACCAUUUUUCAUGUAUAUAAUCGUACAUAAUAUCUGUAAAUACAUAGAAUUUCAACGUAAACACAAGGUCCAAAGGAAGGGGACUUAAUUUAUUUGAUUUUUAUUUAUUGUUCAAUGUUAAAUUGUUUACCCCGGAAUCAAAGGUCGACCACAAUGUAUGCGCUUGUCAAUCUUAGUCAUGUGUGAGGAAGGAGGGAGUGGGAGGAGGUGCUCAAGUGCUGGUUGUCCCACCACCCGAGGGAAUGGUGCUACCUGAUCCUACCGUGUGCCAUACGCUCGCCAUAGUGCAACUACUACUAGAAAUUUGGAAACAAGUCAACAUAUCAGUGUACUGGGUCAGUUAUGUGACUGUCAUAUAAACUAAAAUGUUGGUUUUGAAGAAAUAGUGUGCCAUAUUAGAAACUGUGUUAGGAUUGGCAACGUGUGGGAGACACAACUGAUCAUCAGGUGUUCCACUGAGGACAUUACUGAUGUUCCAGAACUAUGAGAACAGAAAUAUAAAUAUUAUGAAUGUCUCAUGAAAUCGUAAUGACACGAUUGCAAACAAACCAUACCACAGGCGGGGUUAGAACCCGCGAUCAGAGAGUCUCAAAACUCCAGAUCGUCACAUUAGCCACUGGGCCAGCUAGCCAGAAUAAGAUUCAUCCAACUAGGUAUAUUUAUACAUCAUAGGAAGGUUAGCAUAGGCACCACUGUGACCACAAAUGCAAGAGUUUACAGACGAAUCUCCAGCUAGCGUGGCCGUGACGAACCCUCAAAGCCAUCAACAUGACUCACAGAAUCGUAAUGACAUGAUUGCAAACAUACCAUACCACGGGCAGGGAUAGAACCUGCGAUCAGAGAGUCUCAAAACUCCAGACUCAUGUUAGCCACUGGGCCAGCUAGCCACAAUAAGAUUCAUCCAACUAGGUAUAUUUAUACACCAUAAGAAGGUUAGCAAAGGCACCUCUGUGACCACAAAUGUAAGAGUUUACAGACGAAUCUCCAGCUAGUGUUUGUGGUCACAGUGGUGCCUAUGGUAACCUUAUGGUCUAUAAAUUUACCUAGUUGGAUGAAUCUUAUUGUGGCUAGCUGACCCAGUGUGCUAACUCGACGUUCUGGAGUUUUGAGACUCUGAUUGCGGGUUCUAACCCCGCCCGUGGUAUGGUUUGUUUGCAAUCGUGUCAUUAUGAUUUCGUGAGUCAUGUUGACAGCUUUGAGGGAACUUGAGCUAGAGUUUGUCACGGCCACGCUAGCUGGAGAUUUGUCGGUAAAAACUUGCAUUUGUGGUCACAGUGGUGCCUAUGCUAACCUUCCUAUAGUGUACAAAUAUACCUAGUUGGAGUAAUCUUAUUGUGGCUAGCUGGCCCAGUGGCUAACGUGACAGUCUGGAGUUUUGAGACUCUCUGAUCGCGGGUUCUAACCCCGCCUAUGGUAUGGUUUAUUAUGAAUGUCUAUUACAGGAUAACUACAUUUCCAUUUGUAAUGGAGAUUAUUUAGUCAACGUGUUAAGAAGUAUUGGUCAUCAAUCGGUGCUGCAGGUUGUUCCUCCCCAGAUUACAAAUUGUUAGAGCUUCAAAGUACCUCACACAAGGCACACAUGGGCUUCCCCAAAUUAAGAUUGUGAGGUGAUGCCUAGCACCACUGAAGCAUGUUAUACCCUCUGUGGCCCUGACUACAGCUAUCAUGCUUGUAUUAAUUGUGGUCUGUUAAGUAAAACAGGAGAAACAAACUGCAGCUCCGGCAAGACCAAGCCUCCUUGUAUCUUUUGUUGCUCACAGCACUCCCUGCAGGGUUGUAGUCCUGCUACUCUUGUUCAGGGUUGUGUGGUCUGGAGGCUAUUUUGCUCACUUGGCAUUUGUACCACGCCUGAUGAGGGCGCUCAAACCAGGUCCAUGGUGCCCCGGACCUGCCUCACCCGGGAACCAAAAGUGUGGUUAGCAGUAAAAGGUGGUGAUGUAUUGGUCAACAGAACAGUGAUAAGACAGUUCCAGCAGUUUUGAGUUACAGGAAUCUACAGCAAGUGUGGCCCAUUGUGUCUUAUGUAAUGGGCCAGCACCAGGCACUAACCAAACCAUCCUCGCCACCACUUUCACUGCCACACAGGUGCUGGUGUCGUCACUCUUGGGCACAGCCAAGCCGAUACAGAGGCUUGCUGGUGCCUGUAUCCACCUAGGCUGACCCUUCUCCAGUCUAGUCACAAAUGUCUUCCAAGGGUCAGCCUGGACCAGCCAGAACGUCAGCUGAUUUCCUGCUCCAUUUGUUCCUGUACUGUAUAACCCAUUACAUUCUGAAUAUAUAGUACUCUCAGUAAUAUCUUUGUCAAUGAAGCCCAGAUUCAGACUAGUGACCAGUUAAGGCACUUGCAAAUCUUUUGAUUACAUAAGCUGCAACAUUAACUAAAUUUAAGCAGGACAUUUUUGUAGGCCAAUAGGACAUACACACUGCAAGUCAAAGCUAGUACAUAAAAUCUGUGAGCAUGGAACUUGCUUUCUGUAAUAACUGGUGACACUUGUAUUAUUAUUAUAAUCAAAAAGAAGCGCUAAGCCACAAGGGCUAUACAGCGGUGACACUUGUAAACAUUAGUGAAGCUGCUCUUGAAUUUCACUAUGAACCUGUCUUCCCCCUUCUCCUUAUAACUCACAUCAGACACCACAAUGUAGAAUACAUUUUUUUUGUACCACAGUGCCAAAUUUAAAAGUGCAAACCUCACUUUACAUUGUUUUAUCACAAAGCAUCCAUAAUAUGUGGGAGUAACAUUUUAAUUUUUACUCUCAAAAACAUGCUGAUGACUUAUAAAGCAACUUGCAUAAUUUUUUUUUUUCAAACCUACAACUCAACAGUUCAAUUCAAUUAUGCCUAGUCUAAACCUUGUUCCUGACGAGUCUAAUGCUGCCUCUCUACCAAGUCAAAACUGGUUUUUACAUUCUCUCGUGUAGAUAUUAUCUCUAGUCUAUUAGGGCUCCUUACAUAAAGUAUAGGAAGCUUUACAGCCACCACCAAUCCAAAACUUGCCUAACAUGUAUCAUAGCGAUGAAUGAAUGAAUGUGUGUGUGUUUGCACUGGAACCAUCACUAACAGGAGGGGCAAGGCAUAGGAUUGAGGUAUGUCACAGCCUUGGUGACUGAAAUAUCAUACGUUUCAUUCUUCUAUGUGCAGGUUAUUUGUGCAUUGUCACAUACUGUACCAUUAAACACUGUCACUGCUUAAUUCUAAUACAUUCAGCAUGCAUUUAUUACAGGCUAGUUCCUCAUUAUAGUCAUGUAGAAAGAUGUUAGCGACUAAAGUUGUACUGAAAAAUUUAUUAAUGUAGUUAUUUUUUGUUGAAAUAUACUGUGCAGAGAUCUCACAAAUUGAAUCUGAUGGCUUAAAUUAUUUUUUAGCACUUUUUUAUUUUCUUCUCCCAACCCAUCAUCUUUAUUUUGGUAGUGCCUGUGUAUCAAAGUUUACAUGAACAUUGUUUCUCAUAUAUGAGACAGGUUCCUCAGCUGGAGAGAAGUGUCAAAAUUUGUAAAAAAAUUAUAUAUAAAAAUUAUGUACAAAACUAUUUUACUUGGUGGUAGAAGCAGCAACAUCACCCAGGCCAAGUGAUAUGCGAGUCUGAGUGAAUUAAAAAUAAUUACAUUAUUACACAUGAAACUAUAUGCAAAUAUGCACAAAAUUACUAAAAUGAGAUCCAAGAGGUGAUAGUGUGUUCUACAACCAUGAAAAAACAAGCAAAAUUAAAUAAUAUACUGAAGGCAGGAUACUUAGCAUAGCUCUGUUCCUAUAACAACAAAUAGGUAAUUGCAGCAACAUUAUUCCUUUUUGAUCCCCACCAUCUUAACAUGCAUACAUGAACAUGUACAAUACCCUUAUAAAAACACUGAACAAUACAGUAUAUAAGUUUUGGGUGCAUUAACAGCUGAUCAGUUGACGUUCUCCCAAUGGAUUAUACAAGACUUGUUUCUGUGCAUGUAGAUAUGUCAAUGAUAUUGGUAAAUAAAAGGUAUUUUUUAUCAUAA